AUGACACCCAAAACACAGGAGCCCCAGAUCGUCUCCAUCACAGACCUCCCCUCGGCGCAAGCGAAAUGGGUUGGGCUCAAGAAGAUCGACUUUAUAGACCAGAAGGGCACCUCUCGAACAUGGGAGAUUGCCGUUCGCAAGACAACGUCCAAGUCUGGGGUGGACGCUGUGGCCAUGGGCAACAUCUUCGUGCACCCGUCGAACCCUCCGAGCACAAUGCUCGUCAUCCAGUACCGUCCUCCGGUCGGUAAAUACACGGUCGAAUGGCCUGCGGGGUUGAUCGAUGAGGACGAGACCCCCGAGGAAGCUGCUGUCAGGGAAAUGAAGGAAGAGACCGGAUACGAGGGAAAGAUACUCAGCACGGGGCCGGUGCUGUCCAGCGACCCCGGCAUGACCAACGCCACCCUCAAGCUCGUCAUGGUAGAGGUGCAGCUGGGUGAAAAGGACGACGUGAUGCCGGACCAAAAGCUCGACGAAGGAGAACUGAUUGAACGGGUCAUGGUGCCUUUGUCCGAGCUGUACGAUCGACUGAUCGAGUACAGCCAAAAGGACAAUUUUAUGGUCGCCGGCAAAUUGUUCUAUUUCGCCGCCGGCAUGCAUUUCGCGAAGCAUGGAGGCUAUAUCUGA